AUGGUCAAUUUCCUUGAUGAAGGCAUGAUUGCACGUGAGGAUGAAGCUGGACAAGUGAUGUUGGCCAGUUUACUUAAAGACCCCGAAUUUGCCAAUGUUGAUUCAAGUGAAAACGAGUAUGUUCCUUUAAAAGGAACGAUUUUGAGGACUAAAAGUGGUAAAUUUGCUUCAUCCAUCUCGGACCUUGUGUUUCUUAAUCAGAGCGUACAUGAAAGUGAUUUUAGAACAUUUUGGUUAGCUACAAAUGAGAGGAUAGUUGAUUGGUUGCUGUACGAAAGCUCUUCCAUUAUAUGUCUCAAGGAAUUUUGGGUUGGAAAUGAAGAAUUGGUGCAAAUGUAUGAACAAAGGCUCGGUGAUGCCGGCUAUAACACCUUUAAGCUUGCAAGAACCAAUAACCGAGGAGAUGUUGCUAGCGAUGGGGAAGACGAUGGGGAUAUCUUUUAGGUUGUUUACAAUCCUUAUAUCGUGUACAGACCUUCCUGAAAGAUUUAAAUUCAAUUUCUUCAGUACUUGAUGUUUUGUUUUGAUUCUAGUUCUUUUUAAAAGUAUUCACUAGUUACAAAUA